CCAUGAGGGAGGUGGCCCCCUCAUUCACCAGUGUCCUGAAGGACUGCACUAUCAUUGAGGGCCAGGACUUCGUGCUGCAAUGCUUGGUGAAGGGAACCCCAGUGCCCCGAAUCACCUGGCUGCUCAAUGAGCAGCCCAUCCAGUAUGCUCACUCCACCUGCGAGGCUGGUGUGGCUGAGCUCCACAUCCAGGACGCCCUGCCGGAGGACGAUGGCACCUACACCUGUGUGGCUGAGAAUACCUUGGGACAGGUGUCCUGCAGCGCCCGGGUCACUGUCCAUGAAAAGAAAAGUGACGGGAAGAGUGCGUAUCUUCUGCCCACGGCUACUGGCAAGCCCGUCGCACCCCUCUUCUUGCAGGGCCUCUCUGAUCUCAAAGUCAUGGACGGAAGCCAGGUCACCAUGACAGUUCAGGUGUCAGGGAACCCACCCCCUGAGGUCAUCUGGCUUCACAACGGAAACGAGAUCCAGGAGUCAGAGGACUUCCACUUUGAACAGAGAGGCACUCGGCACAGCCUGUGUAUCCAGGAGGUGUUCCCGGAGGACACGGGCACUUACACCUGUGAAGCCUGGAACAGCGCCGGAGAGGUCCGUACCCAGGCCGUGCUCACGGUGCAAGAGCCUCAGGAUGGCACCCAACCCUGGUUCAUCAGCAAGCCUCGCUCGGUGACAGCUUCCCUGGGCCAGAGUGUUCUCAUCUCCUGCGCCAUAGCUGGUGACCCGUUCCCCACCGUGCACUGGCUCCAAGAAGGCAAAGCCCUCUCCAGUGACACCGGCCACUUUGAGGUGCUACAGAACGAGGACGUGUUCACCCUGGUUCUAAAGAAUGUACAGCCCUGGCAUGCCGGCCAGUAUGAGAUCCUGCUCAAGAACCGAGUUGGAGAAUGCAGUUGCCAGGUGUCGCUGGUGCUACAGAGCAGCCCUGCCCAAGCCCCGCUGCGGGGGAGGGAGCCUGCCAGCUGUGAGGGCCUCUGCAGCCGAGGAGUUGGUGCUGAUGGUGGUGGAGACUGCUAUGGGACCCUGAGGCCCGGCUGGCCAGCAAGAGAACAGGGUUGGCAAGAGGAAGAAGACGGUGAGGACGUGCGGGGGGUGCUGAAGAGGCGCGUGGAGACACGGCAGCACACGGAGGAGGCCAUCCGCCAGCAGGAGGUGGAGCAGCUGGACUUCCGUGACGUCCUGGGGAAGAAGGUGAGUACCAAGGCCGUGUCAGAAGAAGACCUGAAGGAGAUCCCAGCCGAGCAGAUGGAUUUCCGUGCCAACCUGCAACGGCAAGUGAAGCCAAAGACUGUGUCCGAGGAGGAGAGGAAGAUACACAGCCCCCAGCAGGUCGACUUCCGCUCUGUCUUGGCCAAGAAGGGGACUCCCAAGACCCCGGUGCCUGAGAAGGUACCACCUCCAAAACCUGCCACCCCGGAUUUUCGCUCAGUGCUGGGCAGCAAGAAAAAAUUACCAGCAGAGAAUGGUAGCAACAAUGCUGAGGGCUUGAAUGCCAAGGUAGCAGAAAGUCCCAAGGCCGUGGGCAAUGCCCAACCUUCAGGGUCUCUGAAACCCAUGGGCAAUGCCAAGCCUGCUGAGACCCCAAAACCCAUCAGCAAUGCCAAGCCUGCUGAGACCCUAAAACCCAUCGGCAAUGCCAAGCCAGCUGAGACCCCAAAAUCCUUAGGUAACACCAAACCUGCCGAUACCCUGAAACCUAUGGGCAAUGCCAAGCCAACCGAGACCCCAAAACCUUUAGGCAAUGCUAAGCCUGCAGAGACCCCAACACCCCUGAGCAAUGCGAAACCAGCCGAGACCCCAAAACCCUUGAGCAACGCCAAACCAGCUGAGAUCCCCAAAGCAGCAGAGAAAGAAGAACUCAAGAAGGAAGUUAAGAACGAUGUGAACUGUAAGAAGGGGCAUUCGGGGGACACAGAUAAUGAGAAAAGACCAGAGAGCCUAGGGACAGCCCCAACUUUCAAGGAGAAGCUACGAGAUGUCCAUGUGUCAGAGGGCGAGAAGCUGCUACUCCAGUGCCAGGUGUCCUCUGACCCCCUGGCCACCGUCACUUGGACGCUGAAUGGAAAGACACUCAAGACCACCAAGUUCAUCAUCCUCUCCCAAGAAGGCUCACUGUGUUCCGUGUCCAUCGAGAAGGCACUGCCAGAGGACAGAGGCCUGUACAAGUGUGUAGCCAAGAACAGCGCUGGCCAGGCCGAGUGCUCCUGCCAAGUCACUGUGGACGAUGCUCCCGCCAGUGAGAAUGCCAAGGCCCCAGAGAUGAAAGCCCGGAGGCCCAAGAGCUCUCUUCCUCCCGUGCUAGGAACAGAGAGUGAUGCAACUGUGAAAAAGAAACCUGCACCCAAGACACCUCUGAAGGCAGCCAUGCCCCCUCAGAUCACCCAGUUUCCUGAGGACCAAAAGGUGCGUGCAGGAGAGUCUGUGGAGCUGUUUGGUAAAGUGGCAGGCACCCAGCCCAUCACCUGCACCUGGAUGAAGUUCCGAAAGCAGAUCCAGGAGAGCGAGCACAUCAAGGUGGAGAACAGUGAGAGCGGCAGCAAGCUCACCAUCCUGGCCGCCCGCCAGGAGCACUGCGGCUGUUACACGCUGCUGGUGGAGAACAAGCUGGGCAGCAGGCAGGCCCAGGUCAACCUCACCGUGGUCGACAAGCCAGACCCCCCAGCCGGCACGCCUUGUGCCUCCGACAUCCGGAGCUCUUCACUCACGCUGUCCUGGUACGGCUCCUCGUACGAUGGGGGCAGCGCUGUACAGUCCUACAGUGUCGAGAUCUGGGACUCGGUGGACAAGACGUGGAAGGAACUAGCCACAUGCCGCAGCACCUCGUUUUACGUUCAGGACCUGCUGUCUGACCGAGAGUAUAAAUUCCGUGUGCGCGCCAUCAACGUGUACGGAACCAGUGAGCCGAGCCAGGAGUCUGAACUCACAGCAGUGGGAGAGAAACCUGAGGAGCCUAAGGAUGAAGUGGAGGUGUCAGAUGAUGAUGAGAAGGAGCCAGAGGUUGAUUACCGGACGGUGACAGUCAAUACCGAACAAAAAGUGUCUGACUUCUACGACAUCGAAGAGAGACUAGGAUCUGGAAAAUUUGGACAGGUCUUUCGACUUGUGGAAAAGAAAACUAGAAAAAUCUGGGCAGGGAAAUUCUUUAAGGCAUAUUCGGCAAAAGAGAAAGAGAACAUCCGGCAGGAAAUCAGCAUCAUGAACUGCCUCCACCACCCCAAGCUGGUCCAGUGUGUGGAUGCCUUCGAAGAAAAGGCCAACAUCGUCAUGGUCCUGGAGAUCGUGUCGGGGGGUGAGUUGUUUGAGCGCAUCAUCGACGAGGACUUCGAGCUGACUGAACGAGAAUGCAUCAAGUACAUGAAGCAGAUCUCGGAGGGCGUGGAGUACAUCCACAAACAGGGCAUCGUCCACCUGGACCUCAAGCCUGAGAACAUCAUGUGUGUCAACAAGACCGGCACCAGGAUCAAGCUCAUUGACUUCGGUCUGGCCCGAAGGCUGGAGAAUGCAGGGUCUCUGAAGGUUCUCUUUGGCACGCCGGAGUUUGUGGCACCCGAAGUGAUCAACUAUGAGCCCAUUGGCUACGCCACGGACAUGUGGAGCAUCGGGGUCAUCUGCUACAUCCUGGUCAGUGGACUUUCCCCCUUCAUGGGUGACAAUGACAACGAAACCUUAGCCAACGUUACCUCAGCCACCUGGGACUUCGACGACGAGGCAUUCGAUGAGAUCUCCGAUGAUGCCAAGGAUUUUAUCAGCAACUUGCUAAAGAAAGAUAUGAAAAACCGCCUGAACUGUACUGAGUGCCUUCAGCAUCCAUGGCUAAUGAAAGACACCAAGAACAUGGAGGCCAAGAAGCUCUCCAAGGACCGGAUGAAGAAGUAUAUGGCAAGAAGGAAAUGGCAGAAAACGGGCAAUGCUGUGAGAGCCAUUGGAAGACUGUCCUCUAUGGCAAUGAUCUCAGGGCUCAGUGGCAGGAAAUCCUCAACAGGGUCACCAACCAGCCCGCUCAAUGCAGAAAAACUCGAGUCUGAAGGAGAUGUGGCCCAAGCUUUCCUGGAGGCUGUUGCUGAGGAAAAGCCCCAUGUAAAACCGUAUUUCUCUAAGACCAUUCGUGAUUUAGAAGUUGUGGAAGGAAGUGCUGCUAGAUUUGACUGCAAGAUUGAAGGAUACCCAGACCCCGAGGUCGUCUGGUUCAAAGACGACCAGUCGAUCAGGGAGUCCCGCCACUUCCAGAUAGACUACGAUGAGGAUGGGAACUGCUCUUUAAUCAUUAGCGAUGUUUGUGGGGAUGAUGAUGCCAAGUACACCUGCAAGGCUGUCAACAGUCUCGGAGAAGCCACCUGCACAGCGGAGCUCAUUGUGGAAACCAUGGAGGAAGGUGAAGGAGACGGGGAAGAGGAAGAAGAGGAAGAGUGAAACAAAGCCAGACAGAAGCAGUUUCUAAGUCAUAUUACAAAGACUAUUUCUCUAAAACUCAAAACAUCCAAGAUAGUAAAAGCACCUAGUGUGAUAGAUUUCUCUAGUUAGGUCAUUUGGGGGGUCGGUUCUUCAGCAACAGCAGUUGAUACCUAGCAGUGUCAUUGAUGGGCAUUAAUGUGAGUUGACUGGCACUUAAGAUAUGAGUUCAGCUAGAUUUCAUUUUGGGAAAUCACCAGUAACUUGCCUGACCAGUUGAUUUUAGAGAGAAAAUAACCAAAAUAAAUAUUUUUCUGAGCAAAAUCACAAAUUCCCCCAAGUGAAACACCCAUCAAAAAUAAGGCCCUGCAGCCACAGCUCAGCCCAGAGGGUCCCUGGAGGUGGAGGUCUCCCUCUCCCAGCUCCCAACUCUGGGAACAGGGUCUUCUCCAGUACUGCAGCCCUUCAUUCGGAAAGCAGUUGAGCCAUUUUAACUUAUGCGGCACAUUUUAUUCCAAAGUAUACUGUAGACAUUCAGACUUUUCAUUUUCCCCUCAUUCUACCUGCCAGUUUUUCUGGAUGUGAACCUGCUAUGAAUUUAAGCACUAAAGACAUUAUACUUCUUAGAUUCUGAAGACAGGUCCCCUGCUCAUGGAUGGCUGGCUUCCUUAGGAAAACAGAAUCUCCUUUCUUCCAAAAUCCAUAGAAAAGCUAAACUUAUCCCCUCUUUGCAGAUGUCUAGCAGCUUCAGACAUUUUUAUAAGAACCCGUGAAAAAAAAAAUCCUUGUUAAUGUGCUUUUCUUCUGAAACCAGGAUUCAUAUUUGUGCUGUUAUAGAUCAGCUCUGCAUGUGUGGUAAAGAUUUUUGUGUUUGAAUGUAUCAAAAACCAGCUUGGUAAAAAGUUACUCUUAUUUAUUGGCCACUAUGAAACAAAUUUCAACUGAUGAAGAGCUGUAGAACUCUACAUACUUUGGAGUCUCCUUCAGGAUAGUCUGAGUUUAAUACACCUUCAUUGUAAACACUUUCUUCAGAGAACUCUACCUACCUUAUGGGUCCCACGUUGUUGUUUUUUCUUGAAUGUGCAUCAAUCAAGCCUUGUCCCCAACCUUGAACUAUAUUCUUAGAACUGAUAAAUGCACUCAGACUUGCAUCUUUAGGAAUUUUUAACUUUCUUUCACUACAUUGGCACUUAAAAUUUUCUUUAGAAAACUUUUUGAAGGUCAUAAACAAAGACCAUAACCUGAUAUGCCUAAUACAUUUUCUGUGCGUGUGUGUGUAACAUUCCAAAUACUUUAUUCUUUUCCACUGUUUGUAAAAUGCAGCAAUUUAAUAUUUCAAGGGACUUUUUAGUAGUUCCUUAAGAACCAAUUUUAAAUUACUUCAGUGCAAUCCUACACAGUAUCAACAUUAGAAUUUUGAUAUUGCUUAGUCUUAUGUUAUCGUCCAUUCUCUUACCUGCUUUUUGCUGCUAGUUUCAAAUUGCCAGUAUUUUUUUGCUUUUAAACAGUUACAAUAUUUUUCAUGAUAGCCACAGUAUUGCCACAGUUAUUAUAACAAAGGGUUUUUAAUUUGAUUUAGCGCAUUCAAAGCUUUUUUCCAUCACUUUUAAUUGUGUUUAGACUAUAAUAUUUGUGUGCGUGUAUGUUGUAUGUGUGUGUGCAUGUGUGGUGUGUACGUUUGUUUACAGGUUUCUAAUGCCUUCUUGAAAUUGUGUUAAUGUUCUCCCAGUUUAUUAUGCCAUCAGAUUGGUAAAUGAGAACACUACAACUGUAGUUAGCUCACAAUUUUUAAAUAAAGGAUACCACAGUGCAUGCGUUUUGUUCA